AUGUCACAAAAGAAAAAUGUAUCUUCUCCAGCAAUCAAUUUGGUUGCUGGUGGUACUGCCGGUUUAUUCGAGGCUCUAUGUUGUCAUCCAUUGGAUACAAUAAAAGUUAGAAUGCAGAUUCAUAAAAAAAUAUCAUUGGGAAAUAUCAAGAAUCCUGGCUUCCUGAAAACUGGUUCAAAUAUAUAUAGAAAUGAGGGCUUUAUUGCGCUGUAUAAAGGGCUUGGUGCGGUGGUAAUAGGCAUCAUUCCAAAAAUGGCAAUUAGAUUUUCUUCAUACGAGCAAUAUAGAAGCCUAUUGACUGAUAAAUCAACUGGUAAACUCUCAACAGGUAAUACUUUUAUUGCAGGUGUGGGAGCAGGGAUCACAGAAGCAGUUAUAGUGGUGAAUCCAAUGGAGGUAGUCAAAAUCAGAUUGCAAGCGCAACAUCUAGCUGCUCCGGUCAAACAAAUGGCACAGACUGUUGCGAGUCCUGUGACAUUAGCUGCCACCAGUGAAGGAAUUGUACAGACUUCAGCAGCAACAACUGCAACAGCAGGCGCAGCAACAUCAGCUGCAACGACAACAGCAGCAACAAAUGCGGCUCCUAGGUACAAGAAUGCUAUCCAUGCUGCAUAUACAAUUGUGAAAGAAGAAGGUGCCGGCACAUUGUACAGAGGCGUCUCUUUGACAGCAGCAAGACAAGCAACGAAUCAAGGUGCUAAUUUCACAGUUUAUUCCAAGUUGAAAGAGUACUUGACAAAAAAACAAAACACAGAGGUUUUGCCAUCUUGGCAAACUUCUAGUAUUGGCCUGGUAUCUGGUGCUAUUGGACCAUUCUCAAACGCACCAUUGGACACAAUUAAGACAAGAUUACAAAAAGAUAAAAGUGUUUCCAAGAUUAAAACUUCAAGCUGGAAAAAAAUUUACGAUAUUGGCGUUCAAUUAGUAAAGGAAGAAGGUGUCGCCGCAUUAUAUAAAGGUAUCACUCCAAGAGUAAUGAGAGUCGCACCUGGUCAAGCAGUGACUUUCACUGUUUACGAAUUCGUAAGGAAAAGACUUGAAGACUCGGGAGUGUUGACAUCGAAACCAAAGCAAAUGAAAAACAUUUAA